UUUUUUUUUUUGGAGUGGGGGCUUUGCUCCAGCGGUCCUGCCGCCUGGUUUCCAUGGCUGGAUUGUGGCAGCUGCCCGCUGCAGGUUGUUGAGGAACUGAUGGGGGGACCCGCAGCUGGGGAGCAGGCGGCGACUGAAGAGACUAUAUUAGUGGCUCAGCUUCACUAGAAGAUGGGACUGCAUAAUGGCUGGAAGAAAAAGAGAUCCUGAUUCAAACACCAACUGAGUGAGGACAGCUUGGGAACUAGGUCCUCUGUCUUUUGAGAAAUGCUGAAUUCCGAAAUCUGCAAAAAAAUAGUGAAUGGAUUUUAGCAACUGAAGAACAUAAAAGGUCUCAGACUCUGGAUAUUUACUGUGCUUUUUUUAUUUUAUUUUAUUUUAUUUUAUUUUUAUUUUUGGCUGGCUUUUUUCCUUCCCCUUUCCUUUGGAUGUGAAUUGAAGACCUGCUGAAGGACUGCUGAAAGAGGGAACAGGAAGACGCUUAUUUUUGUUUUACUGGGAAGCACUCAUUGCCAGGUUAUCUUUACUUUCUCCCUCCACAGUCAUGUGGUCAUCACAGUUGCUGUUCUUCACAAUACUCUUAGCACCGAUAGCCCAUGCUUUCAGUCGUGCCCCAGUCCCCAUGGCUGUGGUUCGAAGAGAACUAUCCUGUGAGAGCUAUCCAAUAGAACUUCGCUGCCCAGGAACAGAUGUCAUCAUGAUUGAAAGUGCCAACUAUGGUAGGACUGAUGAUAAAAUCUGUGACUCUGAUCCUGCUCAGAUGGAGAAUAUCCGCUGUUAUCUACCAGAUGCCUAUAAGAUUAUGACUCAGAGAUGCAGCAAUCGCACCCAGUGUGCUGUGGUAGCAGGCCCUGAUGUGUUCCCAGACCCCUGCCCAGGAACAUACAAGUACCUGGAAGUCCAGUACGAAUGCGUCCCUUAUAAAGUGGAACAAAAAGUUUUUCUUUGUCCUGGACUACUAAAAGGCGUAUACCAGAGUGAACAUUUAUUUGAGUCAGACCACCAGUCUGGGGCAUGGUGCAAGGAUCCUCUUCAGGCUUCUGACAAGAUCUACUACAUGCCUUGGACCCCGUACAGAACUGACACCUUGACAGAGUACUCUUCCAAGGAUGAUUUCAUUGCUGGGAGACCCACUACGACAUACAAGCUCCCUCACCGGGUAGACGGCACAGGAUUUGUGGUAUAUGAUGGGGCUUUAUUCUUCAACAAGGAGCGAACCAGGAACAUAGUCAAGUUUGACUUACGGACAAGGAUAAAGAGUGGAGAAGCUAUUAUAGCAAAUGCUAAUUACCAUGACACUUCCCCCUAUCGAUGGGGGGGCAAGUCUGAUAUAGACCUGGCUGUGGAUGAGAAUGGCCUGUGGGUAAUCUAUGCAACAGAACAAAACAAUGGCAAAAUUGUCAUUAGCCAGUUAAACCCUUACACGUUAAGGAUUGAAGGGACAUGGGAUACAGCAUAUGACAAACGGUCAGCUUCCAAUGCUUUCAUGAUUUGUGGGAUUCUAUACGUGGUGAAGUCUGUGUAUGAGGACGAUGACAACGAAGCCACAGGGAAUAAAAUAGACUACAUUUACAACACUGACCAAAGCAAGGAUAGUAUGGUGGAUGUUCCCUUUCCAAACUCAUAUCAGUACAUUGCUGCUGUGGAUUAUAAUCCCAGGGACAACCUCCUUUAUGUAUGGAACAACUAUCAUGUGGUGAAGUAUUCUUUGGAUUUUGGACCCCUGGACAGCAGAGCAGGGCAGGCUCAUCAUGGGCAAGUUUCCUAUAUUGCUCCGCCAAUUCAUCUUGAUUCAGAUCUGGAGAGGCCGCCUUCUAAGGAAGUAUCACCAUCAGGAGCGCUGGGCACAGGAAGUACCACAAGCAGCACCACACCGCGAGUCACCACCAGCAGCACUGGGCGCACCACCACCACGUCAGCCACAGGCAGGCGGAACCGCAGCACCAGCACCCCAUCCCCGGCUGUAGACAUCCCUGAAGAGAUGACCACGCAUCUCCCGCCUGCUUCCUCCCAGCUCCCUGCUGUAGGGGCAGAGAGCUGCGAGGCUGUGGAAGCCCGCGAGAUCAUGUGGUCUAAGACCCGGCAAGGACAGGUGGCAAAGCAACCAUGCCCUAUGGGGACAGUAGGUGUUUCAACUUUCUUGUGUCUUCCUCCUGACGGGAUCUGGGACCCUCAAGGACCGGACCUCAGCAACUGCUCUUCUCCCUGGAUCAACCACAUAACUCAAAAGCUGAAGUCAGGGGAAACAGCUGCCAACAUUGCCAGAGAGCUUGCAGAGCAAACGAAAAACCAUUUGAAUGCUGGUGACAUCACGUAUUCAGUGCGCGCCAUGGACCAGCUGGUGGGCUUACUUGACGUGCAGCUCCGAAACCUGACACCAGGCGGGAAAGAUAGUGCUGCACGUAGCUUAAACAAGCUUCAGAAAAGGGAGCGCUCUUGCAGGGCCUAUGUCCAGGCCAUGGUUGAGACGGUUAACAACCUCCUACAGCCACAGGCUCUGAAUGCUUGGAGGGACUUGACUGCAAGCGACCAGCUGCGUGCGGCAACCAUGUUACUUGACACAGUGGAGGAAAGUGCCUUUGUGCUGGCUGAUAACCUCCUGAAGACAGACAUCGUCAGGGAGAACACUGACAAUAUCCAAUUGGAAGUUGCAAGACUAAGCACAGACGGAAAUUUGGAAGAUUUGAAAUUUCCACAGAACAUGGGUCGUGGGAGCUCGAUCCAGCUAUCAGCAAAUACAUUGAAACAAAAUGGUCGAAAUGGUGAAAUCAGGGUGGCUUUUGUGCUGUAUAACAACCUGGGUCCAUAUCUCUCCACGGAGAAUGCCAGCAUGAAGUUAGGAACAGAGGCCAUGUCAACCAAUCACUCUGUCAUAGUUAACUCCCCUGUCAUUACGGCAGCAAUAAACAAAGAGUUCAGCACUAAAGUUUAUCUAGCGGAUCCUGUGGUGUUUGCUGUCAAGCACAUCAAGCAGUCAGAAGAAAAUUUCAACCCUAACUGUUCAUUUUGGAGCUAUUCAAAGCGUACAAUGACAGGUUAUUGGUCGACGCAAGGAUGUCGGCUCCUGACAACAAAUAAGACACACACUACAUGUUCCUGUAAUCAUCUAACCAAUUUUGCUGUCCUGAUGGCACAUGUGGAAGUUAAGCACAGUGAUGCAGUCCACGACCUUCUCCUGGACGUGAUCACGUGGGUUGGCAUUCUGCUGUCACUUGUCUGCCUCCUGAUCUGCAUCUUUACUUUCUGCUUUUUCCGUGGGCUCCAGAGCGACAGGAACACUAUUCACAAGAAUUUGUGCAUCAGCCUCUUUGUGGCAGAGCUACUUUUCCUCAUUGGUAUCAACCGGACAGAUCAGCCAAUUGCCUGUGCUGUGUUUGCUGCCCUCCUGCACUUCUUCUUCCUGGCGGCAUUCACCUGGAUGUUCUUGGAGGGCGUGCAGCUGUACAUCAUGCUAGUAGAGGUGUUUGAGAGUGAACAUUCACGGAGAAAGUAUUUCUACCUGGUCGGCUACGGGAUGCCCGCAUUGAUAGUGGCAGUGUCAGCAGCAGUCGACUACAGGAGCUACGGCACAGAUAAAGUAUGUUGGCUCCGACUUGACACCUACUUCAUUUGGAGCUUUAUAGGACCGGCGACCUUGAUAAUUAUGCUUAAUGUAAUCUUCCUUGGGAUUGCUCUCUAUAAAAUGUUUCAUCAUACUGCCAUACUGAAACCCGAAUCCGGCUGUCUUGACAAUAUCAAGUCAUGGGUUAUAGGUGCAAUAGCUCUGCUCUGCCUAUUAGGACUGACCUGGGCCUUUGGACUUAUGUAUAUUAAUGAAAGCACAGUCAUCAUGGCGUAUCUCUUCACUAUUUUCAAUUCUCUGCAGGGAAUGUUUAUAUUCAUUUUCCAUUGUGUCCUCCAGAAGAAGGUACGUAAAGAGUAUGGAAAAUGCCUGCGCACACAUUGCUGUAGCGGGAAAAGCACAGAGAGUUCCAUAGGCUCAGGAAAAACCUCUGGGUCACGGACGCCUGGACGAUAUUCCACAGGCUCACAGAGCCGUAUUCGUCGGAUGUGGAAUGACACAGUUCGAAAGCAGUCCGAGUCUUCCUUUAUUACUGGAGAUAUAAACAGUUCAGCUUCACUCAACAGAGACAGUGUAAGAGCACCAAAGCAGGAGCCAGUCUUUAGAAGGGUCCCAAUGGAAGACAGUGUCAUCUAAUGACUGGUGGAAGGACUCCCAGUACUUCUGAGAGGUUCUGUAUUUGGUUUACCCAUGGAUCUGCUCUGCGCUGACCUUUUAGCCUAUAUUCUAGUCCACCUCUAAGAUGCCUAGGUCCUUGCUACCGUUUGUCCCUAAAAGCAUGCGUCUUCCCUUAGGAUUGUGAUCCUGUUCCACCCAGGGAGUGUUCUUCUGCUCUGGGGAUGUUAAAACUUAGGCAACUCCAACAUGCAUAAACAGGAAUGGGAGCAGAACUCAGGGCUGCCUUCGUCAUGGAAAAGACAUCUGUUUCACUGGGCUACACAAUCAGACUCCCAUGUGACUGUUCUCCUGCUGGCCCCAUGACUCCUGCAUCCCUCUCCAUCCAGCUGGCCAGCUUCAACAGUAGUGAUUGAAGAUACUUUCAGCCUGGCCCAGCUUCUGGCCUGGGCACUAGUGCAUUUUCUUUGGACAUGUAAGGUGUGUGUUCCAGUCCCAUCCAGUUGAGUGGGGCUAAGAACCUAAGUUUUCCAUUCCCUAGACAAGUGCUUUAUUCACAAGGCUACUGGGAAAAGGUGGAUGAGCUCUCCUCCUCCAUCAGCAUGAAGCAGUCAUUUUUCUCCUCAUAAGGAGUCAGGGACUUUGGAGGUCUGUGUGUACUUUCCAGACAGAUUUGAAUUGCAACAGUGCUUAGGUGGAGAUAGAUACUGUGGCAGCUGUUCUGGACUGCUGCAGAAGAUGCCAAGUAAUCCAGGUCUAAUCACCCAGAAGUCUUUCCCAAAAUGCUGGUGAAUAAGGAACCUAGGUAUCGUAAUGAUUUUGUAGCUGCUGCAUGGGACAAGAUAGUACCUUAGCUACCCAAAACAGUAUAAGCACCACUUAGACAUCUGAGAGGUAGAACAGGGCUUAGGCCUUUGUGCCUCAAUUUUCCCACCUCUAAAUGAGACAGUAAUCCUUCACUCGCAGGGCAUGUGAUGCAGACCAAUAAACCUGCAAAGCAUUUUAUGGCCAACAAGUCUGCAAAGUGCAAGCAGUUUUGCUGAGAGCUAUGCUUAAGGAGGGUUUGUUGUCCAGGCUACCACACAGCAGAGCCAUGAAAUACCAAGGAUCUCUGGGACGCUGUUUUGUUUUCUUAGAGGAGACCAAUGGCCUCCAUGUUGAAGAACUGCUAGGAAUUUGGGAUUCUCAACUCAAAGCACCUGAAAAUGGCUUAAAUUGCAGGAAGUGUUUGAAAACUGCCUCUAAAAAUCAGGACCUUUUUAGGGUACCUCAUUUUGGUCUGCAAAACAAAGGCAUCCCAAUUACUGGCCACUAUUGUAGCUAUAGUCCAGUGUAUAAACAGAGAUAAUACAAGGGGAAGAUAUAUCCCUAAUUUCAGGGCAAGAUACACUUGUUACCAGGGUACUUUAGAGGGCAAUCGUGAGGUGUAAAUAGAAAAUGGCACACAUUUAAUAGCAUCUUCUCUGACAGCUUUGGUAAACAGAGAAUUUCUGAAUCAAUGCCGAUCAGAUUUCCUUGUAAUAUGUAAAUACAGGGUGCAGGGGAGUUGUUUGUUUUUUGGGGGUUUUUUUUAAUAAGAAGUGAGCCUUAUUAUCUUAAGUGUACUGAUUUCUUUUUGCCAAUUCAAUGUUGGGAAAUGAGCCCAGGCCCCCAACAAGCAUUUCUGCAUCUCCAGUGAGUUUCAUAUAGGAAUGUAGGUAUUUUCAGAGUCCAAAUCCACAUAAGCCUCACAGGGAUUAGCUUUGACACUCUAAAGUUAUAUGAACCCACAAAAGAGCAUAGCAUGAAUUGUGAAGAGGCUGAACAGACAGGGCUAUUUGCAGAUAAUUUUGUUGAUAUUUAUCCUUCAUUACUUCUAACAGAAUUGAAUUUUGGGGCCUAGACUUGCAGAUGACAUAAAGCAAUGAAACUACCAAUUGAAACCAGCUGGACUCCUUCCCAUCACCCUGAUACAGGAAAGUCAGAAUUAUCUGAGAAAGGGGAAAGAAUAUUCAUCAGUUUGGUCCUCCAAAAUAAAAUAUGAAGGCAUUCCAAAACCCGCCCCCUCAAGGCAGAGCCAUCGCUUUUGGCCAACUAAUUUGGCUGGGUAGACAGAAUGUGUUUGUGUGUGUGCGUGAGAGAGAAAGGGAGAGAGAGAGAACAAGUCUAUAUAUUAUACUUACCUUUGUAUGUAUGGCCACACAUAACAGAAGCAAUAGAAGUCAGACUUUAGCCACAUGAGUCGGGACUGAUGGACAUAGUACUUAAGAAGGACAGCCACAAGAGAGAUGUGCAAGCCAGAAAACAGACAGAUACAAAGCAAAUCUUUGCUUUAUGUAGUAUCAUCAUGAAUUUUUCAUCUGCUAUGUAUUUAACAAUUAGAGCAACAAAUAAUGUAGGCCCAAAUCCAGUGUUAGCUGUUAGAAUACUGUAGCUUAGGCUUGUUACUCCAGGACAAUGAUCUGAUUUGACCACGUACAGGAUCACGUACAGUGGGGAGAUGUAGGGCCAAUAUAUACCAUGGCAGUGAUGAGUCACAGCCUUUUCAAGGCCUUUCAACCCAUUCUACAAACCUGGAGCAGUAAGGCUGCUCUCAAUACAUCCACACAGGCCACUCCCAGGCACUCUGAAGACCAAGGGCUUGAGGGAAGGCACAGAGAAAGAGGUUCCCAGUAACCUCAGUGGUGUGUCUAUGAGUGUGAGUGAACAGAGCCUGCUCAAGCUCCUGAAUCUUGCCCUUAAGUGCCUCUGAAAAGCAAUCCAGAAAGUACUGAAGUGCUUACAGGUAACCAAUAGGAAACGCUAAGCACAGGGUUAUGUCUGAACUCACACCCCAGCCAGGGACUUAAAUAUGUGACUAGUACUUGCCAUCAGGUAUUUCUGUUCACAUGUGCUCCCAUUUUCAUAGGCAGGAGUCUCACUAACUGAUGGUUGUACCCAUCUCCAUUUGCCCAAGAAGUUUGUGGUGUAGGGCCUAUGGCAUUUCAAAUCCACAUCUCCUGUCUUCCUGAAGCAUGCUAUCACCGUCAGGUUUUCCAUCUGGAUGACAAAACUCCUACUCAUGGAGGAAAUCUUGAAAAUGCUAUUUGCUUCUGUGCCUACCACAGUUUGAUUUAUUACUUUUUAAAAUGUUGAUUGUGUUGGGGCCUGACGUGAUUUUUGAAAGGUGAGUUUGGCAACAUUAAACCUCAUAUAUAGGUGGUCUUCAGCCAGGGACAGGUUUAUGAUCUAGGAACAAACAGGUAUAUAGAUGGAAACUCUAUGAUACUAGAGAACAGAAAUUCACAUUAUUUUUCUCUACAGGUCUCAAAAUUGGUGUCUAUCCCUGGAAGUUCCCAUUGCAUCGAACCUUAGACCUCUAACACUGUGUGUAGAGGAAUUUUUCUUUGUGGCACAUGCAAUCUGUUCAUUAUAACUCUCUCCUUUUGGGUGCAUGGUAACCAAGGGCUCUCAGCUCUCCAAGUAAUGCCCUGCCCCAGUCUCCUCCUCCAGCCCCUCCCCACCCCUUUCACUUGCAUGAAGCAAGCUGGAAAAGCAGCAGUGAAGCUACUCCAGGGACAUCCUCCAUGGCCAGUCUCAAGCAUGCCAGAGACAAGAGGCCUGGAAAGUGACCCCAGAGUGAUGCCCUGCCUCUCAUCCAGACUAGUAGUGCAGGAUGGCAUAGACAUACCCAAAGGGGCCUGGCUAUAAAGAUGAUCAAAAACAAACUAAUAGGAAUGAAAAGGAUAAAUCCUGCCCUCGGCUUUUCCUUUGCAUGUAUUUUCAGUGUUGAAUACAUAGCACAUGCAGAUUACAUGAUGAAAUUGGUGCAUUCCAUCACUUCUGAUUUCAGGAAACCUCUGUAAGUCAUAUGUAGGUUCAGCAUUUGUCAGUACCGCAACCAUCUCAGAAGCACCCACAAACACUUUCAUAUCCUAUGUCAGUGAUUCUCAACCAAGGUCAUGCCAAAUCCUUUGAAGGGUGGUCAAGGUGUGAGGAGAUAAGCAGAUAAGCCAAGUAGAUAAAUGCAGGCUCAGGCUUGUCCCUGCCUGAAUGAUCCCCCACCUCUACUUCCCAGUCCUUCUGCAAGGAAAUAAGCAUUGUAAUUAAUAUAUAUGUUUUUGGAACUGGGUGACACCCAAUUCACAAAAUUUAUAGAAGGGUACCUCAAGUCCCAGGAAGUUGAAAACUACUGCCCUAUGCCAUGGGCAGGUAAAUGCAGAUGCAUGCGAGUGCGAGCUAAUAAUCACUGGGAAAUAGGAAGCUGGUGAUCAGAAGAGCUCAGCGCACAGCAGAACCCUUGAAGAACAGUGGAAGUUGGAUGUUGAGCAAGUAUGAGAACAUGGUUAGAAAUGACCAAUGGGAUGAGCAGCCUGUUGGACCCAUUUCCCUAGUCCUACUCUUGCAUCUUCAUUGACACAAAGUUCA